AUGGCCGACAUGGACCACCUUUAUAACGGGCCCCACCCACCACCUACCCAAGCCACAACGCCCACCGCCAGCAGCAGAGCAGCCCAGCACCACCACAUCACAUCGAUCGCCAUGCCCGCCACCUUCCCGCCGCCGGCGCCUACCUCUCACGGCGGGUGCAACGGCACCGGCACCCUUCCUCCGCCGAUGUCUUCCAACGAGUCCUUCUCCAACUUCUUCGAGUCCUGGAUCGCCGAGCAGUCCCGCGACCUGGAGGAGCUCCGCACCGCGGCGUCCGCGGAGCCGGCCGCCCCCGAGGCCGACCUCCGGCGCCUCGUCGACCAGGUGCUGGGCCACUACGCGCAGUACUACAACACCAAGGCCGCGGCCGCGGCCGACGACGUGAACAUGAUGUUCACCGCGUCCUGGACCUCCACCACCGAGCACCUCUACCUCUGGUGCGGCGGGUGGCGCCCCACCGCCGCGCUCCAGCUGCUGUACACCAAGUCCGGGAUGCAGCUCCAGCAGCAGCUCCCCGUCUUCCUCGACGGCGGCGGCCUCAAGGACGACCUCAGCGACCUCAGAGCCGCGGAGCUCCAGGCCGCCGACCAGCUGCAGCACCGCACCAUCACGAGGGAGCGCGAGAUUGAGGAAGUCGCCGCGAGCGCACAGGAGGCGCUGACGUCAAAGACGAUGGUGGAGCUCGCGGGCGGCGGCGGGCUGGAGGCUGGGGUGAUGGACCGGGAGAUGCAGACGAAGGCGGAGGGGAUGAGGCGGGUGCUGGAGAUGGCGGACGGGCUGCGGCUCGAGACGAUGCGCGAGGUGGUGGCGCUGCUCCGCCCCGCGCAGGCCGUGCACUUCCUCCUCGCCGCCGCGGAGCUCCACCUCGCCGUGCACGACUUCGGGCGCCGCAAGGACGGGCACGCUGGCAACGCCGCCGCCGCCGCCGCCGCGCCGUCGAAGUGA